AUGAGUUGGAAUCUACUCGAGCGCUUCAUAGAGUCGGACCACUUCAACACGGACCCGUCGCUAGCAGUGGCCUAUCUUGCACGCUAUGCAGACCAUGUCGGAAUCCACUACGUGCUCUGCUCGAAGCUGCGCCAGUUUGCGUACGAGGAGCUCGAGUUCUUCCUGCCGCAACUAUGCCACCUGCUCAUUAGCAUCGACAAUGAGUCCAUGGCACUGGAAGAGUUCAUAAUAGACCUGUGCGAAGAGUCCGUCAAUGGCGCACUGCUGACCUUCUGGCUGUUCCAAACCUAUCUGCACGACCUCGCCAGCGCCCCGAACUCGAUCGCCUUCAAGACGUGCCGCCGAAUCUACAACCGCGUGCAGCGCAUUGUCUUCGGGUCCGCCGAGCCCCAGCGCAGGGAGAAGAUCAAGGAGAAUGCAUUGCCCGUGACCGUGCUCUCCAGUCUGGUGCUGGCGAGCAUAGCAGCGCCGUUCCUGCCUGCCCAUGCUGGCCCACUGGCGAUUGCGCAGGCGCGAAAACCACGGCCCAUAGAGGACAUCAUCUCCGACAAUGUACAGACGGCCAAGGUGGGGAGGAGCAAGACAGUCACAGCCGGAUCACCACGCACGAAGCAGAGAAGAACAACCCAGCAACAUUCAGAUCCCGAGGAUGGACGCCUUACCAAAGCUGCUUCCCCACGACCGCCCAAGGAGCUCCCACGAGAAACGAAUGACCUGAGGAGACAAGCUGCGCGACCCACCAACCCCGUACGGGCACCCUCAGCCCAGCAUAGACCUUCGCUGCUGGCAAUGGACCCCGAAGCAAGACUCAGCUCAUCUUCGCUUCCCGACUUCCGCGAUCCGACAUCCUCUCCGUUGCCCACGCCGCCUGCCACCGCUGGGCUAGGACCAAACCCAAUCACCCUCAUCCCUCGGAAGCACCACGGACAGCCACCCAGGCCGCUCACGCCGACUGCACUGUCUCGCGCGCAGAAGAUUCGCUUGCUGCGGUCCAACUACUUCCGCAGUGAGACGCAAUUCUUGAGUGCUUUGGAGGACAUCUCGAACCGCUUGGUUAUCGUGCCGAAACCUGCACGAUUGAGUGCUCUAAGGGCAGAGCUUGCCUUGAUAGCGCAAGACUUGCCUGCUGAGGUCGAUAUCCCCAUGCUCUCGCCGCCCACACUCAAGGAUGGAAUCGCAUCGCAAAGCCGGCACCACCGGAUCGUGCGCAUCAACCCAGCAGAAGCGACCAGUCUCAACAGCGCCGAACGAGUGCCGUACUUAUUGAUGGUAGAAGUGCUCGAGGAGGAUUUUGACUUUGACCCCGACACGGAGCAAAACCAACAAUUACUGGAGAAACUGAUGUUUGAGAAGGGGACGUCAAGACGGCGGCUGUUCGACAUAACGAAUGCUGAAUAUUUGGCCUUUGACAGAACCCCACCCAACGGCUCUGACAGCGUCUUUGAGCCUGCCACUGGUGACCUUGGCAAUACUUCGCUCAUUGGAGGCACAGAGGAAGAUGAUAUUGCGUCUGGCAUGGCGCGAGUGACAUUACCACCAGCCGCAGCGAACGGCAAAGCCACUGCACCUAGGUCGUCGAGUGGAGCAAACACCUUGUCUUCAAUGGCCACCAUAUCCACCCCUCGCACAUCAGAUUCAGCGAUCAGUAGAGCCAACAGUCCUGCUCCAGCAAGGAGAAUGACUAUACCCGCCAACAUGAACCGAGGCAACCAGGGUGCUGAUCAGCCAGACUUCACUGCUCUUGCAACGCACAUGCGGACCGCGGCGCAAAUGCUUGCACAACUGGAAGCAAGUGGCUCGAAACGGCCGAAAACGGAGGUUGCAGCAAUCAAGGCCAAGAUCAUCGCUAGCAUGCAGAGCUUGGAGGAACAGAACUUCAUGGCCGAAGAUCAAGGACCUACUUUUGACACGAUCAUGGCCGAGGCAGAUCCAACGGCGAUCACUGGAGAGCCAGAAGAACUCGAUGGACUACCAGUGGGAACAAAUUCUGGUGCAGGUGCUGCGCGAAUGGAGAACGACCUCAAGACUGGUGGUAUGCGAAGAAAGGGCGACCGAGACGACCCAAGUGCUGCUACAUUUGGUGAGGAGUGGAGUGCAAAGAGGGAACGCAUACGACGAUCAUCGCCUUACGGUCAGAUGAAGAACUGGGAUCUCAUCAGUGUCAUUGUCAAGACGGGUACAGACUUGCGGCAAGAGGCAUUCGCGUGCCAGUUGAUACAAGUCUGCUCGAGGAUUUGGGAAGAGGCUAAUGUGCCGGUCUGGACGAAACGCAUGCGCAUCCUCGUCACCGGCGAAUCCUCUGGUCUCAUCGAAACCAUCACGAACGGCGUCUCGCUCCACUCGCUGAAGCGCAGCUUAACACUUGCUAGUAUUGCGGCUGGUACUAAUCCCCGGAAGCGCAUUGCAACACUCCAGGACCACUGGCGCAAGACUUUUGGCGAGCCGGAGUCCGAAGCUUACAUCGCAGGCGUCAACGCUUUCACGCGUUCGCUAGCCGCGUACAGUGUCAUAAGCUACGUACUGCAACUCAAGGAUCGCCACAACGGCAAUCUUCUCAUUGACAAUAUGGGCCACAUCAUCCACAUCGACUUUGGAUUUAUGCUGUCCAACUCGCCGGGUAGCAUGGGUUUCGAAGCUGCGCCUUUCAAGCUCACGCAAGAAUACGUCGAUGUACUAGGCGGUGUCACAAGCCCCGCGUUCGAAGAGUUCAAGGCUUUAUGCAAACAUGCCUUCCAGGCACUAAGAAAAGAGGCAGAGCGCUUGAUUAUGUUGGUCGACCUGAUGAGCAAGCAGAGUAAGAUGGACUGCUUCAAGGCCGGUGCGGCGAGUGUAACAAAUAGUCUCAGAGCGAGACUGAUGUUGCAUUUGAGUAAAGAGGAGGCAGAAGUUUUUGUGGAAGAGUUGAUUGCGAAGAGUGUGGGGAGCUAUUAUACCCGACUGUAA